UAACGCAAUUGUCGUUAUCUUUCCCCAGAUUUUCCCGCCAUAUAAUUGACAAAGACUUACACUAGACGGGAUUCCUCUGCCGUUCCCAAUUUUAACCUUCUUUCGACGUCGAAAAGAGAGCCUCGAGCAUAAGGCAGAGGAGACGGCUAUACAUAUCUUUAACCUAGAAAAGUUCUUGUUAUAAUAAGUUAGCUCCGAUACGCUGUUCAUACCAAGGAACUAUAUUAUUGUAAUUAAAAAAGACGAGGAGGUCGUCCAUGACCCUCACGCCACAGAAUGCAGAUGACAGCUGCCUCAUAAAUCAAACUGUCCCGACGGGGGUCAUGCCACUUCCGUCGGAGUACCUUGACGAAAAGAAGCAACUUCCCAAUACCAAUUCUAUAUCUAGCCCCGGCGAGGACAAGGAGAGCCAGAGAGGACGUUCUCGUUCCAUCGAGGAUGCAACCGCGGCAUCGCCAUCCUCUUCAUCGUUAAAUAGGGGCAACAGUGAUGACGACGAUGAUUUCCCUGAAGGCGGCCUAGCGGCCUGGCUCGUAGUUGUCGGCUCCUUUUGCUCCAUGCUUUGCCUGUACGGUCUUAUUAACUCGGUUGCCGUUUUUGAAUCGUACUUCUCAACACACCAGCUCGCCGGCUACAGUCCCUCGACCAUCGGCUGGGUCUUUAGCGUAUAUCUAUUCAUCGUCUUUUUCUUUGGCGUCCAGGUCGGUCCUGUUUUUGACAGGCACGGUCCCAGGUUACUUAUCGCCGUCGGUAGCUUGCUAGUCGUCGCUAGUCAGCUCAUCCUAGGGCUAUGUGAAGAAUACUACCAGAUCCUCCUCACAUACGCGGUCCUUGGGGGUAUAGGGGGUGCUCUUCUCAACGUGCCUGCCUAUGGAGUGAUAGCACACUUCUUCAAGAGACGUCGUGGCUUGGCUGUUGGUGCCGCUGCAACAGCGGGGUCUGUCGGUGGGAUUGUGUUCCCCCUCUACCUCCAAGCUGUCAUUCCAAAACUUGGCUUUGCGUGGAGUACGAGAAUCAUCGGUUUCAUACUUCUGUUCCUAUCAGUCAUAGCCAACCUCCUCGUGCGCUCUCGCCUACCCCCAAGUAUCCACCCAAUACGCAUCUUACCGGAUUGGACCCUCUUCAAAGAUGUCAAGUUCACUCUAUGUUGUAUCGGCGUCUGGUUUAUGGAGUGGGGGAUUUUUACCCCAUUGACGUACAUCGUUUCGUACGCCGCAGCUCAUGGCCAAGAUGCCAACGCUGCAUACACCCUCCUCGCGAUCCUUAACGCCGGGUCAUUCUUCGGUCGCUUCCUCCCCGGAUUCCUAGCAGACCGCUUCGGCCGCUUUAAUGUCAUUACAAUAACGAACGCGCUGUGUGUCGUCACUAUCCUCGCUUUCUGGCUGCCCGCCGGUGAUUCGCAUGCCUUGCUCAUCGUUUUCGCCGUCACUUUUGGGUUUGCUUCCGGAAGCAACCUGGGUUUGUACCCUGUGUGUAUCGGCCAGCUUUGCGACGCCCGCGAUUAUGGCCGUGUUUAUUCUACGGCGGUUAUGGUUGGCAGUUUCGGUACCCUAACUGCCCUUCCUAUCGCCGGCGCACUCUUGGGGAUCGGCAGCGACGAGCGUCAAGGCUGGUUGGCGCUGAUUCUCUUUGCGGCGCUGUCGUAUGCUAUCGCAACGAGCUGCUUCCUGGGAGCCCGCGUGUUGGCUGUCAGUUGGAGAGUGAAAGAAGUUUAUUAAUGCUCUGAUGCCAGUUUCAUUGUGACCUGGGAUAGAAUUAGAGGGAAAAUGCAAAUGAGUAGUGGGUAUCGUGGUAUAUAAAAGCUUGGCGCUUCGGGUAGAUUGAUGUAAGGCAGCACUAAAUUCAGGAUCGGGAGUGAUAUGUGAGAUCUGUAUUAUUUAAGUAUAUUCCAUUGCCGCGCGUGGGUUGGAUUGUGUCUAUAGAUUCGAAUCCUUAAUAAAGCUUGCUACCCUCAGGCGUAAGACUACCCAAGUAUUUAACAGACGACCGCCCA